AUGUCAGCCCCUAUCCGCUCCGCCGCCACACGCGUGUCUCUCAUCACACAAGUAUUCUAUGCGCUUGUCUUUAUUACGCGCUACACGGAUCUCUUCGGCGAACAAUGGUGGGGGGGAUUUUUGGGGUGGUGGAAUUUCCUCUUCAAGAUCUUCUACCUCUCCUCGUCAUUCUACACCAUUGCGGCCAUGCAGUUCUUCUUCCCACGGACCCGCGAGCGAGAGAAGGCAUGGAAGUUCGGCGCCAUCAUCCUGGGGGGUAGCUUGCUCCUAUCACCUUUCGUGAUGAUGAUCGGUAAGCACAAGGAGGAUUGGGGUUUUCGAGAGUGGCUCUGGGUAUUCUCCCAAAUCCUCGAAUCCGUCUGCGUACUCCCUCAACUCCUCCUCCUCCGUCAGACCACCGUUCCGACCGUCAUCACUUCGUUAUACAUCGUGUUUCUCGGCUCCUACCGUGCCCUCUACAUUCUCAAUUGGAUCGCCCGUGCACUCGACAUCAACGACCGCAAGCCUGACGGUAUUUCCAUCGUCUUUGGCCUCAUCCAGACAGCCCUAUACGCCGACUUUGCCUGGGUCUACUGGACACGCCAGCGUGUCAAGCUGCGGAACGGUGGCGUCGUCGACUCCGAUGACCUCCGGCGCGGAUGGCUUCUCAGCCACAUCUUCGGUAACAAGCGUAUGGCUGGGGGGCACAGCGCGGAUGACGACGAGGAGAGCGCCCCUGCUCUGGGAGGAGGACGCGGGGUCAACGGCAUUGGCAUUAGCAACGGAAACGGCCGUGGUUCGGCACCGAGAUCCAAGUGGGGCGCUCGCGGUAUCUCGGUUAGCGCUGAUGACGGCGUGUUCGACCAUGAGCAGUCGUUGGAGGACCAUGGAGUGACGGAGUCGCUGGAUCCGGACGCCAAGAUGCACGAUCCGGAUGACUUGGCGAGGGCCUUGGACGACGACGAUGAUGGGUCGCCGUCGCGGGCAGGAGGUUCGGCGCCUUUGCUCGGUGAAUCGAGCGACAACAACAAUCAUGACAGGAGGGAUCAUGAUAAUGCUUGGGCUGAUGACUGA